AUGGCAACGCGAGACGGAUGGCUCUCCCUCUGGCCUACAGCGGCCUCGCUUGCUCUUGCUGCAGCCAUUGUGUUUGCGCUCCUCCGCGCGCCUUAUGCCAAAGUCGAGGAGUCGUUCAACCUGCAUGCGAGCCAUGACCUUGUGAGCGUUUGGGGUCGACCUCUGUUUUCCACGGCGUACAACGUUUCACAAUUUGAUCACAUAUUUUUCCCCGGCGUCGUCCCUCGGACCUUUGCCGGCCCCAUCGCCCUCGCCGCCCCCUUCCGCCUCUGCUCCCUCGUCUCGCUCCUCCCGCCAGCCUUUGAGACCCUGCCUGGCAUCGCGGCUUGCGCCCGCCCGGGCGUUGGCUGGGCCUGGCAGAUCGCGGUCCGCGCCGUCCUUGGCGGCUAUGUCUGGCUCUCGUGGCUGGUGGCGGCGCAGGGCCUCGCAAGGGCCACCGGCUCGCGCCGCACGGGCAAGCUCAUGCUCGCCGUCACAGCCGCACAGUUCCACAUGACGUUCUACGCGUCGCGGACGCUGCCCAACGUCUUUGCACUCGCCAUCGUCAACCUCGGACUCGGCGCCUGGCUUGCCGGCGCCUGGCGCGCCUUCAUCGUCGCCUUUGCCGUCGUCAUCCCGCUCUUCCGCGCCGAGAUCGUUGGCCUCUUCGGCCCGCUUGUCCUCUUCAGCUGGCUUGUCGACCGCCGCCCGGUUGCCUCGACGCUGACGCUCGGCAUCGCCGUUGGCCUUGCCACUAUUGUCGCCUCGGUCGCCGUCGACUCGGGAUUCUGGCGCCGCACACUCUGGCCCGAAGGCGAGGUUCUCCACUUCAACACCGUCCUCAACAAGUCGUCCGAGUGGGGCACCUCGCCGUGGCACUGGUACGUCACCAGGGCGCUGCCCAAGGCGCUCCUCGGCGCGCUACCCGGCAUGAUCCUCGCUGCCUUUGCUGCGCCGCGCUCCCUCGUCGCCCGCCUCGCCCUACCACCGGCUGUCUUUGUCGCCCUCUACUCUCUGCUUCCGCACAAGGAGCUCCGCUUUAUCUUCUACGUCAUCCCGCUCUUCAACGCCCUUGCCGCUGUUGGCUACAAUUGGGCCCUCGCCGGCUCGCGCCUCGGCCGCGCCGCCCUCGCCGCGCUACUCCUUGCCUCGGCCGCCGCCGCCCAGCUCAUGGUCCACAUCUCGGCCCACAACUACCCGGGCGGCGACGCGCUCACCGCUUUCAACUCUCUUGCCGCAGCAACGCCCUCAACUCUGCUUGCCGUCCACAUUGAUGCCGAUGCUGCCAUGACCGGUGUCUCGCUCUUUGGCCAAUCGGCGCCCAACGUGAUGUACUCCAAGACCGAAGGCCUCACCUCGUGGGACAACUUUACCCACCUCAUCACAGCUGCCUCACCGGCACAGCGUCCAGGCUUUGCCCUCCUCGCCACCAUUCCGGCCUAUGCUGGCCUCCGUUUUUGCCGCUCUGCCUGCGCCUUUGGGCUCCCGCUCGGCCUUGACCUCAUCCUGGAGCCUGCGCUCUACAUCCUGGCACGGGAGACGUAG